AUCUUGAAAUUUGGUGAUAUAUUACUGUGCUUUUUAUUACACAUGAUCUUGGAAUUUGCUGAUAUAACUUUCCAAUUACUUGACUUAUUGAUAUAAAGUGUAACAUUUUGAGAUAUUACAAUUAAGCAAUCUGACGGCAGCUAUGUGACAUGAUAGCUAACUUUGUGACAUGACUGCAGUUGUAUGACAUGUGACAUGAUGGCAGUAGUGUGACAUGAUACCAGAAGGAUAUGAUUAUAAUGUUCUAGCUAACAGUUCAUGACAGAAGAAUAAACUAUUGCUGAUAUAUAUAUAUACACGGCGGGAAGAAGAAAUGACCGACGUGUUUGAACGCUGUGGCGUCCAGUUGCUGAAAGUAACACAAUGGUUGGAGGGUAACAGAAUGAGUAUACCACAUAGGAUCUUGACUACCGAUGGUACACAGAAACAGUAUCCCAAGUCCCUGACUGAGUCAGACAGUAGCGGGGACUAUGUUACUCCAGGCUCGUCUAUGGCUGACGUCAUUAGUCAGGGCAGUCAAGACUCGUUGGAUAAACAUUCCAGUUUGCCGCGCAUGAAAAGCUAUGACGCGGCAGUUUUCGACGUGUUGCGAGUUCCACCAGAGGAAUUUGCCAGUCAGAUAACGCUGAUGGAUCUACCAGUAUUUAAAAACAUUCAACCUGAUGAGUUAACGUCAUGUGCAUGGACAAACAAGGAAAAACUUAUCAAGGCACCGAAUGUUGUUGCCUUUACACGCAGGUUUAACCAUGUAAAUUUUUGGGUACAGAGAGAAAUCUUAAACACUCAAACCGACAAGACACGGGCUGAGGUAUUAGCCCAUUUUAUAAAAAUAGGAAAGAAAUUAUUAGAGCUCAAUAAUUUACAUGCGGUGAUGGCAGUGGUCUCGGCACUACAAAGUGCCGCUGUAUUCCGACUGUCCAAAACUUGGAUGAACCUGACCAAGAAAGACAAGUCAUCGUAUGAAAAGAUGGCCGAUUUAUUUUCGGAAAAUAACAACCGACAACGCUUAAGAGAUUAUAUGGAUAAUGUCAGAUUACCUUGUAUUCCAUAUUUAGGUUUAUAUUUGACUGACCUGAUCUAUAUAGACGUUGCUCAUCCACAUCAUGGUGGUAUGGAAAGUCAUCAUCGUAAACUACAGAUGAACAAUAUACUGAGAGUUAUUGCUGACCUUCAACAAUCUACAUAUGAGCCUGAAGUUAAGGAGCAUGUUCAGAAUUACCUGAAGUCUGUGCGGUAUAUAGAAGAACUACAGAAGUUUGUUGAAGAUGAUAAUUAUAAGUUGUCAUUAAAGUUGGAGCCACCCAUCUCUAACACGACGAUGUCUACGUCAAGGGAAGAUGUGAGUACAUGUCCCCCAUCGCCCACGUCAGAGCCCAGAUAUACUCACACACUUACCCCUGGUCCCUCAAACACGGGGAAACAUCAUGGCCACAGAAAAUCCAAAAGUUUAAGUGCAAAUUUUUCCUGUCCCAGUUUCCUAAGCUGUGCAGGUGGGGUACCAGAGCGAUCGCAGAGUCUUCCAACCAAAACAACCGCGCCGUACGUGAAAGGUGUGCGACACUUGUUAGACGACAGUGUCCUUGAGGAAGAGUCGCCCUGCGCGUCUAGUGACGGUUCACUGUGUAAAGGCUGUGCAUUAUGCGUUACAGGUGGUGAUACAGAAGACCUGACCGAGACCAGUUCGAGCGAUCAAGAUGUGUACUGGCCUGCCGACAAUUUGCGGCCAUCUUUAGAUUCAGACAAACAAUACCAACAAAGUUUUACAUGCCAGGGUUGUUUGAAAAGGAAAACAUUGUUGAAGGAAGGCAGAAAACCAACGGUGGCAGCAUGGACCCGUUACUGGGUGGCACUGUGGGGAACCAAUUUACUUUAUUUUCCUGCCAAAAACUUGCGAAAAAUAGAAAGGAAUUCUUUUAAGUCCAGUCCCAGUAAGAUGACCUCUGUAGUCGGUUGGAUGGUAGUCAUGGGAGAUAAUCCAUUACAACCAGAUGCAUUCCAAAUCACAGAUCCAGUCAAAGGAAAUCAGUAUAAAUUUCGUGCGGGAACACAAGCCCAGGCUUUAGUAUGGUGUAGACAUCUAAGUGAGGCUUCCAAGAAAUAUCAGGCACAGACUCAGCCAAAUCUGAUGUCAUUUGACUGAGGAUCAUGGCCAUGAUAUAUAUACUCUAAACUGUGAUACACUCAAACUACAUGCCUUCCAUGAAUCUGAUUGGAUACUGCCAGUCACAUGACUAUUUUUGUCUAGUCUGAUUGGACAAAACAUUGUAAAAAAAAAAGGAUCAUGUGACUGUUGAAGUUGAAGCUGAUUGGCCAGUUAUUUAUAGCAAUAUGACAAAGUCAUGUGAUUGCAAUUCUCAGCUGUGAUUUGAUGAGGGAUGCAGGACACGUUUAGAUUUAGCAGAAAUCUGAUAGCAUAUGCUCAACUUUUCACUAGAUUCCAGAAAAAAGUGUCAGCAUUUCGAACAAACAUAUUUCAGCUUUCAGCUUUUUAGUGAUGGUUCAAACUGGAUAUUACAAUACCGGACCAUUUAAUUACGGCCAUAGAUUUUCCAGAGGAGUAUUAUACAAUAUAAAUGAACCAGUGACUGUAUUGGCCUAUAUAACUGUUGUGGAUGAUAUUCAGUUGAUUGGAUCAACAAUCAUGUUAAACUUUGAUGAUUAUUCUUGGCCAGUGAAAAAAAAAAAAACUUCGAAGAUUCUGAGGUGCAAUUUAUUGUUAUUUUUCCGUGUUCAACAUUUGUUCUUUUGGGUUUUUUUUUUCUGUGUGACUUUUGUAACUGGAGUAUAAUGGACCAGUGCUAUAUGUAAGUCAAACAGUCCUGUCAGUGCUUGUUUUUUGGUGGGUUACCCAAAAGCUCUCACAAAAUGUGCAAUACUACAUAAAUAUGUACUUUCUUGUAAAUGUUGCUAUGUAACCAAUGUGUAUAAAUUGACAAGGGAACUAACUCUAUGAAAUGAUAUAUAUCUAGUUAAAAAAAAGAUUCGGUUUUGGUGUGUGGUUGGUUUUUUUUUGUGAUAUUUUUUUGCAUACUUCAUAAUGCUUUCCACAUUUUUUCGUUUCGUUGUUAUUCGUAAUUUUUAAAAGAUUGAAAAAAAAAUCUUUUCGAUUUGUGGUAAGAUUUUGAGAAAAUGCACUUUCCAGUUUUUAUUGAAAAUUUAUUUUAUCCAUCAGUUCCGAUUAUUUGAAUUAUACAAGUACCUGUUGAAAAAUAAAGGAUGUUUUUAGAGCUUGUUACUUCCUGUGAAAAUUAAGAAGUUCAAGUUGAAGACAAAGGUAGAGGUUUGGUGACUUCAAACUUUCUUCCCUGAGCAAAUAAAAAGUUGCAGAUGUAGUUACUUCCCCUGUAAAUAAAGAUAGACUGUGUUACUUCCCUUGAAAUUUAGAAAUUUUCCUUUUAAUCAUUUAAAAUAUAAAAGACUUGUAACUUCCUCUUAUAUUGUAUAAAGAUCAUACAGCAUAGUUACUUCCCCUGAUCUAAAUAAAAAAUAUUACUCUAAUUAAUUCCCUUGGUUAUUCAUUUUAAACUUAUUUUAAGCAUGAUGAUUAUAUGGGUCUUAUUUAAUAUCACCUAGACAUAUAUGUUUAUUUACCUAUUUCUUAUAAUGAAUUGCAAAGGUACAGUUGCUUCCCCUUGUUGGAACAUUGAACCUAAUGAAAUAAUACAGUUACUUCCCUUGAUUAUUUUAAAGAUAUCAUUACUUCCCUUGAUUUAAUUGUAAUUUAUGAAAUUUCAAAAUUUGUGAAUUGUCCACUUGUUAGUGAUUUUUCACAAGUUUAAAUUGAUGUAAGUAGAUACUCAUAGUUAAGUAGAUUUUUCACCAUGUAGACCAAAGUUGUAUAUGCUUUUAAUGAUUUAAGGCCAUCCUUAAAAAAAUGUUUGUUUGCAGUAACCCGACCCAGAAUUUUCAAGGUGGGUAGGUAGGUCGAUUUUUUUUUUUUUCUUCUUUUUUUUUUAUUGAACUGUACUCCCAAAUAAACAUGGAAUUUCAAAAUGCUGGACAAUAUAUGCUUUGAUAAUCUGGUAACAAUUAAUAAAUUGAUAACUGAAUUCUAAUUUAAUAAGCACUACAUUUUAUUUCUUCUAUUAACCUUUAAAAGAACGAAAACAAAACACAUUGCAUAAUUUUCUGAUUCAAAAAAAAUAAUUUUUUUAUCCAGACCAUGAAAAAACAUUUGAGUAGGGGCAAAUUUUGUGAGUAGGUCGCGUUACUGCAAACGAACAUUUUUUUAAGGAUGGCCUAAUAAUUUUAAUUUGGCUAUUUUAGAGAUUGUGAAAAAUUGUUAUGUUUCAAGUACAUAUGAGCCAUGUCAUGACAAAACCAACAUAAUGGGUUUGCGACCAGCAUGGAUCCAGACCAGCCUGCGCAUCCGCGCAGUCUGAUCAGGAUCCAUGCUGUUCACUUACAAACUCUAUUACAUGUAGAGAAACUGAUAGCGAACAGCAUGGAUCCUGAUCAGACUGCGCGGAUGCGCAGGCUGGUCUGGAUCCAUGCUGGUCGCAAACCCAUUAUGUUGGUUUUGUCGUGACGCGGCUCAUAUACCUUUUCAAAAACAGUGGAAAGUUGAUUUUUAUAAAUAUUUUACUCUUUUUUUUUUUUAAUCUCCCUUUGGAUAUCUUAAAAUCUCUUACUGAAUGUAUGACACAGACAUCUAUAUCAUAGAAAAGUGAUUUGAAUUUUUUUUUCUCAAACUUAAAAUUGAUACACAGAUUGACUAUCAUAGUUACUGAAUAUUUUAUAUCUUUUUGCCAUUGUGAGAAACAAAAUGAAACUAACCCAAAGAGUGAAAAUUUACCCUGAAUAGUUAAUUUACCCCUAAAGAGAAAAAUCAAAGAAAAGCAUAGUUUUUCUUCUCUUUUUUGCUUCAAGUCAAAUUAUCGAAGAUUAGUUAAGUAGGUUAUUAAAUAAUUUCAACACAUUUGUAAAGGAAAUGAUUUGUAUUCAUGGUUUUUAUAUUCAAAUCAUACUUUUCAUUUUUGUAAGUUCAUCUUAAUAACAUAGGCAUAAUUAUUUCAGUUGUAAAGUUUAUAAUACAUAGGUAAUAUUUUCCCAUACUUACGUUCAUCAACAUAAUAUGUAGGGUACACAUUUAUUUUAUUUAUUCUGUUAUUGAAUCCAUUGGUACACAUAUGUUUAUUUUAUUCAUUCUAUUUAUAUAUUUGCCCCCAUAUUUUAUUCUGUAACAGUACAUGAACCUGGUACCUGGUGUUGGUAACGUGUUCUACCCAUGUGCCCAGUGCGGGCCAGCGCGGACCAAAAUCAGCCAACACUUCUCAUUGUCUGCACAGUUUGACAUUCAGUCAGUACAUACAUUUAUAUUGAAAUUUUCACCUAAAAAUGCUGAAUAGUUAUGUCCAGAUUGAAAGAUAGAUGAGUCCAUUUGUGAUAUAUACUAGGUACUGGUCUGGUUGAUAGCGUUUAGUUAAUCAAUACUGGUAAACAAAACCCAAAUAAAAAUGAUAUAAUUGUAUGGUUGAAUAAACUACAAAUAAAUUAAAUGAAGGUAACUUUUUUUAUAAAGAAUUGUGUUUGACUGAUUUAUAAAAAAUAAAAAUUUGGUUGUUUAGUUUGAAGUCAUUGUAUCUUAAAGUAUUAAUUUCGCAACUGCAUUUUCUGCUCCAGAAAUCGCUUAUUGGUCUUGUUUUGUUGGUGUAAGGAGAGUGGGUGGGGGGAGGUUAUAUUUUAUCAAGAAAUUUGUUGGUAUUUAUUCGCAUCAGCUUUUAUUUCAACUUUGAUAUGUAG